CAUUGGUGUGGGGGAACUAUUAUAUCUGAUACAUGGAUACUAAGUGCUGCUCAUUGCUUUACAAAGAAUCGUAUAUUAGUAAGAGUUGGUGAUCAUCAUCAUAAAAAAGAAGACUUAGAUGAGCAACAUUUUGAAGUUGAAGAACUUAUUCUUCAUGAAAAUUAUCAACGCUCCACACAUGAUAAUGAUAUAGCAUUAAUAAAAAUAAAGCCUAAUCGAGCUGGUAAAAGAAUAAUAUUUAGUAAUUAUGUACAACCGGCCUGUCUACCAUCUAGUAAUCAACUAUAUAAAGUCGGAGAGAGAUGUUUGAUAUCUGGUUGGGGAGAUCUUGGUGAUGGUAUAAAUAUACAUUAAUGGGUGUAACAUCAUUUGGUAAUGGAUGUGCUAAGCCUAAUGCACCUGGUGUUUAUGCUCGAGUCUCUUCCUUUAUUGAGUGGAUUAAUGAGAAAAUAAACAGAUAUUAGAUAUGGCAUCAAAGAAGUAACAGAACCUGGUGUAGAGCUGCUCUGUGAACAAAACUCAUAUUAUUCAAAGUGUAUAGACACUGAUGAUUACAUGUGAAGGGUCAUCAAAAUUCUAAUUUUAAACUGAGUUAUAAAGCUAAUGAAGCUAAUCCAAUGACUAGACCCACUUCUUUUCAAAAUGUUUGCAAAUGUAAUUUCAACAUGAAUUCUUGAAAAACUCAGGUUAAUACAAAAGCCACGUCAAGACAUUCUGACUUCUUACUUCUAAGGUUUUUUUUUUAUGUGAUUUUAUGCUAUUUUAAAUCUGUAUAGCCUAAUCUAACGUGUUUAGGUGCUUUAUGGUUAAUUCACCUUAAUGCAUUUCAUUUCUGGUGGAUGAAGUUAUGACCUAAGCUUUCCUCUCCUGAUUAGGCUCUUGGUGCUGCGUCAUGCAGUCUAUAAUGAAGGAAAUUUUGUCUGGACAUCAGUGAUAACCUACUCAUUUCUAACUGUUGAGGUAUCUCUAACUUGUUGCAAUGCACAGUUUAUGGCACACAAAGUCUAGAGUUUAUUUUCUUAUAUCCGAAUGUACUAUCUGUGAAUACUAUCAUCUGAAUUAAAUUUAAUGCAUGAUUUAAGCCCAUUAUUUUCAAAAUUUGUCCGUCUGACCACCACUUUUAGAAUAAUUUUAACACCAAUUUGAUUGGUGCAUUCUACCAACUUUAACUUUCUCAUAAAUAUUCUGGAUUAUAUCGGACAGGCACAUUAAGGGGAGCUGUGCAUGUGGUACCAAAACCACCUCGCCUGUAAGCCAUUUGGUUUACCCUGUUUCCAGUAAAAAUUACAAGAACAUACAUAUAAUAUAUUUAUCAACGAAGCAAUGCUGAAGCCUGAUGCACAAGUCACAGGGAUUUGUGAACAGGCAAUAAGAGCAUGAAAUGAUUUGACAAUUGAGGAUGGGAAGAGACAUAGUUUAUUUGCAAGAGCAUCAAUAUUUCAUUUCAUGUGUCACCCAUUGAAGAUAAAAAAUUAUAGUCAGAACUCGGAAGCAAUAAAAACUGGGAAGUCAGAAGUGAAAAAAAGGUGGAAGUUGGAAUGGAAUGCUUUUAUAGGUUAACUCUUAAUUUUAACUGAUUUGUCUGAAUUUUGAAGGUUUAUAUCUGAAUUUACACUACUCAAAUAUUGGCUGAUUGGACUUCAUUUGAUUAUAUCUGACUUUACAACCCUUUUCAGCAUUUUUUAAAACCAUUACAAAUAUUAAUAAUAACUUUGGUUCAGAUUAAUCUUAUGGUUAAUGUUGAUGUCUUCAGGUUUAUUUCACACCAAUUGAUGCAAGACAAACUUUAAUCAGAUGCCAAGAUAUGUGUAUAUUAUACAAAUGGUAUUAUAUGAGAUAAGUAUAUUAAUAAACAAACAAUAAAGUUCAUCCUUUCUAUCUC